CUCCCAGCAGAUAGUGCACAGAUGUUAGCUCCACUUAGGAAUUAGUGUGUUUGUCUGAGAAUCGUUUGCAUGAGCGCAAACAUGAAUCCCUACUAAAAGAUGUCACCUGAUGCAGCAUAUCUUUGUUGACACUAUAUAGAGCAGUGGGAGUGUGGGAGUUCAUUGUGCUUCACUGACUGUCCAAAGGAUGAAUCUCUCGGUCAACUGCUGCGCUUUCGAGUCUCCCAUCUUGGACCAGGUCCUGCCUCCGAUACUGUUCCUGGAGUUCAUGUUCGGACUGAUGGGGAACAUUGUCGCUCUGUGGAUGUUCAUCUUCCACAUGGACGAGUGGAAGCCCAACUCCGUGUAUCUGACUCACCUGGCUGUCGCCGACUCCAUCGUGCUGUUCUGCCUUCCUUUCAGAGCCGACUACUAUAGGCGAGGGAAGGACUGGAUCCACGGCGAUGCCCUGUGUCGGAUCCUGCUCUUUUUAUUGGCGGCCAACCGUGCGGCAGGGAUCUUCUUCCUCACGGCGGUGGCUGUCGACCGAUACUUCAAGAUCGUCCACCCGCUCAACCGGAUCAACCGAAUGGGCCUAGGCUACGCUCUCUGGGUCUCCCUCGGCCUGUGGGCGCUCAUUUUUGUCGCCACUGGGUACCUCCUUGCCGAUGAACACUUUUAUGAGAACAACAAUCGUACACAGUGUGAGAGUUUCAACAUUUGCAUGGGCUUCACCCCCCUCUCCACCUGGCACAACACUUUUUACGUCAUGCAGUUUUUCUUGCCCACUGCGAUCGUGGCCUUCUGCACGUUCAGGAUCACAUGGCAGCUGAGGAUCAGGACUGUGGACAAAAAGGGGAAAAUUAAACGGGCUGUUCAAUUUGUUUUGGCCGUCGCUCUAAUCUUUAUAACGUGUUUCUUCCCCAGCACCAUAUCGCGCAUCGCUGUGUGGAUCCUAAAGGUAUGGUACAACGAAUGCAAAUACUUCGAGGAGGCCAACCUGGCGUUUUACACGUCUGUGUGUUUCACGUACUUCAACAGCGUCCUCAACCCUGUCGUGUAUUAUUUCUCGAGCCCCGUCUUCAGUGGCACCUUCCAGAAGCUCAUUGAUAAGCUGCUGAGGAGGAAAAACGACAAAGAUCAGUCAGAAACGAAGAAUGAAAUUACCACCGUUGAUGGUAAAAAGAGUUCAAACCAGUUGCCUGAUGGUUCCUGA